AUGUUCCACAGUCAACCACAAUUCACCAUAAAAGUAGAGAAAAACAAAGAAUUUGACAAAUCAUGUGUCAUUGAUACGUUCAACAUUGGAAGUGGAAACAUAGCAGAUUGUCUGGAACAUUGUUUGGAGAACUGUCGGUGUCAGUCGUUUCAAAUUUGUCAAAAUACAAAAUGUCAACUGUGUUCAAGUCACAAGAAAGAGAACAGUUCAUUGCUUCAUGACAAAGAUGGCUGCGUCUAUGCUAUGUACGAGAUGCGACAUUUGACAGAAACGUUUCAGGUGAUGCAUGCAUGUAACUAUGUCAAUUUGAAGAGUGUCAAAGUGGAAAAUCACAUUUCUCAUAUUUUCUAGAGAUAUUUCAAUGUGCUUUCUUUGUCAUGCAUGCAUACAUCCCGAAUUUUGGUAUUAAUAUAUCCACGAAAUACGUGCGAUCAUAUUACAUUUUAUUUUCUUAGAAAUUGGAAGGGCAAUCUUCAUGCAUGAGUUGUUCAAUGAAGUACAAUUGUUGUCAACAAUCGGGUAUCUGUCGCGAGAACAAAAUUUGUAAACCAGUCAACUCCCAAGAACAGCCCUGGAAACGUUUUACCUGCGAAUGUCCGGAUGGUUACCAUGGAGAAAACUGUGACCAACCAAUCACGUCAUGCCAAGGAUAUGCCAAAGGUUCCAGGAAAUCGGGCAUGUACAAAGUGGUGGAUUCUAUCGGAGGCCCAUUGUAUGAAGUUUUCUGCCAUUUUGAUUCUGAUAGUGCUUGGAGUUUGGUGCAGUCUUACAGUUUUGCAAAUAGAUCUCUUGAUCAGUUCAAGAAAUCUUUGUCUAACAACCGUCCUAUCAGUGAAAAUGCUCUGACAUGGAGCGGCUAUCGACUUGGCAAAGCAAGAAUGGAAUCUAUCAAAAAUAAUUCAAGUUUUCUUCAGUUCACCUGUGACUAUGAGAAACACAUUGAUUUAAACCAGUCCGACUUCGUUCAACUUGAGCUUCAAAAUCUUAAAACCACACUUGGAGGAAACAACGUUGACGUACUUGAACUCAGUGGGUGUACAUCCUAUGUUCUUGUUCGCAAUGGGCGUGGUAAAAUUGGAGAAUAUGAUUUAAAUUAUUGUAAAAUUAAGCUUUGUCAGUUUCCGGACUGGCCCUUGCAUGUGGUUUUUGAAAAUAGCGAUCCUCCGUCAUGUAUGUUCAACGCAGUGUCUUGUUCCGGCUACACUUACGAGUAUUUUGGAAGCUUUCAUUAUUCUAUUGAUUAUUGUGUUAAAAGAGUGCAUCGUUGUAUACAGAAUGGAAAUUCUACGACGCAGCUUUGGUUUAGCACGCGUAAGAUGACAUAA